UCAACAUUUUUGGCUUAAGUACUUCUCCUAAUGCCGAAAGUCCAUCGACUCAACUAAAAUCCACUAAGAUUGAACUGCAUUCCAUCUUCGACUGGUCCAACAACAAACAGGAAACGCUCAUUGUAUAAAAACGACUGACAUUUUGGUUGGCCAUAGAUUUCUGCCUCAACCUGACGACCAACCAAUCACUUUAGAGAAGAACGGCGGGACUUCCUGUAAUGUGAUGCAAAUUCUACGGUCAAGCUUGUUAGUCCCACCUUUUUGUGUUUCCCGCACCGUCAAUCAAAAUAGAAAAAAAAAUCGACCCGAAUUCACCGAUCAACACUAGCCCGCCUUUGAUAAAAUAAUCAUGUUCGGAGUUUAGUUGAUCAGAUAAUCUUCCGAUUACUACCAUUCACGCUAUGACUGGUACGUAACAUUUUACGCAUCGAAGCGUAAAACUAAUCGGUGAGUUUCUGUAACCUAUUGCAAAGCUGCGUCUUUUAAUCUUUCGCUUGGAGCCCGAGUGCUAGCAAGAUAUGGUUAGCCAACUAGCUAACUGGUUAGCCGCGGAGUCAACAAAGUAAACAUUCGAUCUGAGCCAAAAUUGCCCCUGAAUCUUCGCUGCAAAGUUAAGUUUCGCGGUCAACCCCUUUUGGACCGAAGAGUGGGGAUGUUUUGCGAGCUUUUCUGGGGGGCAAGAGUCGAAGAUUGCUGAGUUUCGCUCAGUUUCCCCCCUCUCUCUCCCUGCUAGCGCCAGAGCAGCCUUUGAGACAAGAAGAAAUGGCGUCCGCGGACGUGGACAGCAGUCAAAGCGAGUUUCUGCAGCACGGCGGCGGAGCGGAAACACAGACAACAGACAUGUCAGCCAUUCAGCUUACGGGCCCAGAUCGAUGGGAGGUGUUGACUCCGGUCUCGACUGGGAAGGAAGAUCAUGGAGUCGUUCAGAUUCCUAACUCGGGAAUCGUUACGUCCAACGGGCAGUAUGUGCUUCCAAUUGGAAGUAUUCCCAACCAGCCCAUCUAUGUUACAGCAUCUGGGAAUGAGGCCUCAGCCAAUGGAGUGUCCGGCAUUCAGUACCAGGUUAUCCCCCAGAUCCAAAAUGCAGAUGGGACACUUGCAGGUUUCUCAGCGCAGGGGUUGGAUGAUGGCACGGCUCAGAUCCAGCUCAUACCUGAUGGCGGCCAGGGCAGCCUCGGAAUCAGUGUUGCCACCACAACAACCACGGACCUUCUAACGCAGACAGGGCAAGUGCAGUCCAUCCAAGGCGUCUCAUUGGCUGGGGGUUCAGCGUACACUGGCACAGUACCGGUGGGGCUGCCUGGCAACAUAACCUUUGUUCCCAUAAACAGCGUGGAUCUAGAGUCACUAGGGCUAUCGGGUGCUCAGACUAUAGCAACGGGCGUGACAGGGUUAACUGCUGAUGGUCAGCUGAUUAUGGGUGGCCAAACGUUGGAGAGUCAGGGUCAGGAGGAUGCUGCCAAACAGCCACUAGUGACAGUGAGCGAUGCUAACACUAACCCAGAGCUCUAUGUGCCAACUACCACCACUUCCUCGUCCACUUCCUCUCAACUUCCAGAGACCAUCGAUGGCACUGGUGUUCUCACCCAAGCGACAGCUGUGUCGGCUGGCAUCUCUGAUCCCUCCUCAGAAAACUACAACUCCCACAACCACCUGCAACAAAUCCAGGUGUCAACUUCGAAUGCAUCCACUAUCUCCCACCCCAUCCUGCACCUGUCUGGGGACAGCCAGGCCCAGGUGGCUCAGGGUCAGGACCUGGCGGCAGCAGCUGGUCAGACUCUCCAGAGCGUCCAGCUGGUCAACCCAGGAACUUUCCUCAUCCAGGCGCAAACUGUCACUGCCACAGGACAGAUCCAAUGGCAGACCUUCCAGGUUCAGGGUGUUCAGUCUCUCCAGGGUCUCCAGCUGCCCCAGAGCCAAGGCCAGGCCCAGCAACUGACCCUGGCUCCAGUCCAGACCCUCCCUCUAGGGCAAGCUGGACAGGUUAGCUUGCCAAACCUCCAAACAGUCACUGUCAACUCCGUUACGCAGGCUGGAGGGCAUUACACACAGGGAGAAGAUGGAGGUAGUCCAGCUGACAUUCAGAUAAAGGAGGAGCCAGACUCUGAGGAGUGGCAGCUGAGUGGGGAUUCCACCCUGAACCCCAGUGACCUGUCCAAUCUACGGGUUCAGAUGGGGGACGAGGACAUGGACACACCCAGCGGGGAGGGCAAGAGGCUCCGCAGGGUAGCCUGCACCUGCCCCAACUGCAAAGAAUCGGGAGGAAGAGGCUCCGGCAUGGGUAAGAAGAAGCAGCAUAUCUGCCACAUUCCAGGCUGUGGGAAGGUCUACGGGAAGACGUCCCACCUCCGAGCCCACCUGCGUUGGCACAGCGGGGAGAGACCCUUCGUGUGCAACUGGAUGUUCUGCGGCAAGAGGUUCACCAGGAGCGAUGAGCUCCAGAGACACAGGAGGACGCACACAGGAGAGAAGAAGUUUGUGUGCACAGAGUGUUCAAAGAGGUUCAUGCGUAGCGACCACUUGGCCAAGCACAUAAAGACUCACCAGAAUAAAAAAGGCGGAGUAGCCGCCUCCUCGUCUCCGCCGUCUAGCGACACUAUCAUCACCGCUGACGGAACCACACUCAUCCUCCAGACAACCACCACCCACGACCUCGUAGCCAAUCAGGAGAUCCCCUUGCAGCUGGUCACUGUGGCACCCGGUGAGGUCAUGGAAUGAGAGGAGGAGGGGCUUAUUAUAAACUGGCCAAUCACAGGGACCUCUUGGGCUUUUCUCUUACUUUUUUUUUUUUUUUACAUAUGAAUAUAUACAUAAAUAUAUAUAACAAAUAUAUAUUUUAAGUAAGAGUUAUCAUGACUUUAUGUUUGUUUUGCAGUCUUUUUAUAGGCGGGCAAAAAAAAUUUACAUGGAAAUGUGGUUGCUAUGUACACACGCGCAAACACAGGAAAACAUGCAUAGACACUCAAGCACGAC